AUGGCAGAGGAAUCGUUUAUCAAAGAAGAAGCUGCGGCCAAGAUCUCGGUCUACACGCCUAUAAUAUACGUGGUGGUGAUGAUCACCGCGUUGGUGGUGUUCUCGGUGGUGUAUAGAAGGAGGAACGUGAAACAUCUUCAGGAAAUGAAGCCUUUUUUCCCGGAAAACAUCCCAAGAGAGAUAUAUUUUCAACUGAAGUACCAGGAACCAAAGCCCAAUGACAAGGUGUUGAAGGCAGCGUUGAUUAGAAGGGGUUCUGAAGCAAUUAGGCGGAUGAUGAAGUUGAGAGAGAACCAACAGCAUGUGAAGUUGCUAUAUGAAAGGGGUUCUAUCGGUGAUGAGCUCUUUCUGAGACAUCAGUUUGCCUCCAAGAUCCAGGAAUUGGAGUUGCAGGAGCUCGGUUUGGAGGCGGAGUCUUACAAACAGGGCUGGGCGCCCACGUUUUUUGCAGUUUGUCAGGAGGUGACUUUCAAUGAGGCAUUGAGAAGGCGUGUAAAGGCUGUUGAUGAGAGAAAGCAGGUUUUGAGCGCGGAAUGGGGUUUGGUGGUUGAGUCUGCUGAGAAGAAGGUGGAGAAGAAGGUGACAGAGGCUGCUACCUAA